ACAUUGGGGUAGCGGGGCGAUAUAUGGGUCAUCCUCCUGGAGCAUUUUAUCUGAGACUGAUAUUUGGAUUAAGUUGCUGUUUGUUUCCCAACUCCGAUCCUCAACCAUCUCCUACCUCAUUUGCUAUCGUGACCGUUUCGCUUCUUCCAGCUUACGCCUUUCAUAUCUGCUAGAAAACUUGCGGUGAUGUCUGCCAAAGCCAUUCGUGAGUAUGACGCUAAACUGCUGGUUGCCCAUUUCCUCGGCCGGGCUCCCCAGUUCGGCAAGGCUUGCCCUGCCCGACCCGAAUUCAAGGCGCCUGAGGUCAAAGUGGCUCAAAUCUCCUGGGACCCUCAAUCCAACACCAUCACCCCCGACAGCAGUCUGCCCUCAUGGGUCUUCAGCGAGAAGUUGGUCGUCAAGCCCGACCAGCUCAUCAAGCGUCGUGGGAAGGCCGGUCUCUUAGGUCUCAACAAGACCUGGCCGGAAGCCAAGGCAUGGAUCCAGGAGCGCGCUGGCAAGCCCGUCAAUGUCGAAGGCGUCGUUGGCACUUUGAACACCUUUAUCGUCGAACCCUUUGCCCCUCACCCAUCAGAUACCGAAUACUACGUGUGUAUCAACUCCGUACGAGAGGGCGAUAUGAUCCUCUUUACCCACGAGGGCGGUGUGGAUAUUGGUGACGUCGAUGCCAAAGCGGCCAAGAUCACAGUCCCAGUGGAUGGCGAUCUACCAGACCGAGCCCAACUCAAGGCCGGUCUUCUCGCCGCUGUUCCUUCUCACCGCCAGGACGCACUGGUGGAUUUCCUUGUCCGACUCUACUCGACCUAUGUCGAUCUCCACUAUACCUACCUCGAAAUCAACCCCCUCGUGUGCAUGGAGGCUGCCGAUGGUUCCCCUUCGAUCGCCUUCCUCGACAUGGCUGCCAAACUGGAUCAAACAGCCGACUAUCUAUGCGGGGCCAAAUGGGCGAUCGGUCGUGAGACUUCCGGCGCUGUCAAUGGCACCAAGACCUUUGCCGACCGUGGGCCCCCAAUGGUGUUCCCAGCUCCGUUUGGACGUGACCUCACCAAGGAGGAAGCCUAUAUCCAAAAGUUAGAUGCCAGUACCGGGGCAUCACUCAAGCUUACCGUACUCAAUGCACACGGCCGAGUCUGGACUAUGGUCGCUGGUGGCGGUGCUUCCGUUGUCUACUCCGAUGCCAUUGCUGCCCAUGGUUUUGCUCACGAGCUUGCCAAUUACGGAGAAUACUCGGGCGCCCCGACCAAGAGCCAGACUUUCGAAUAUGCCAAGACCAUUCUCGAUUUGAUGACCCGCGGUGAGCCUCAUCCUGAAGGCAAGGUCUUGAUCAUCGGUGGGGGUAUCGCCAACUUUACCAACGUCGCUGCUACCUUUGGCGGAAUCAUCGAUGCACUCAAAAACUACAAGGAAGGUCUGCAACGCCACAAAGUCAAAAUCUUUGUCCGACGAGGUGGACCAAAUUACCAAGAAGGACUGAAGAAAAUGCGCCUCAUUGGUGAAACCCUCGGCAUUGAAAUACAAGUCUUUGGACCUGAUACCCACAUAUCAUCGAUUGUCCCCAUGGCUCUCGGAAUCUCUAAACCCAUGUCGAAUGGCGUCCACAGCGGCCCAAAUGGCACCACCAACCACAACACGGCCCCCGAAGUUAAGUCUGUCGCCUCACCCACAGCCCCAGAAUCAUUCGCUGCCACAGUGGUUCCUGAAAGCCGAGAAGAGCACGGCGUCGUCUCAUUCGCUCAAGGAACUCCUGCCGAACGUCCUUGGUUCCGCCCAUUCGAUGAGACCACUCGCGGUUUGGUCUAUGGACUCCAGCCUCGAGCUAUUCAAGGAAUGCUCGAUUUUGAUUUUGCUUGUGGUCGCAAGAAACCCUCGGUAGCAGCCAUGAUCUACCCAUUUGGCGGCCACCACGUUCAAAAGUUCUACUGGGGCACAAAAGAAACCCUUCUCCCUGUGUACGCCACGAUUGCCGAGGCUGUGAAGAAGCAUCCCGAAGCCGAUACCCUUGUAAACUUUUCCUCAUCUCGUUCCGUUUAUCAAUCUACCCUCGAUGCGCUUGAGAUCCCCCAAAUCAAAUCAAUCGCCCUGAUUGCCGAAGGAGUUCCUGAAAGACACGCCCGAGAGAUCCUCCACUUGGCAGAAAAGAAGAAGGUUAUCAUCAUCGGUCCUGCGACUGUUGGUGGUAUCAAGCCCGGCUGCUUCCGAAUCGGCAACACUGGUGGGAUGAUGGACAACAUCAUCUCUUCCAAGCUCUACCGCCCCGGAUCAGUAGCCUAUGUUUCCAAGUCGGGUGGAAUGUCGAAUGAGCUCAACAACAUCCUUUCUCUCACGACCAACGGCACUUACGAAGGUAUCGCCAUCGGUGGAGAUCGCUACCCUGGAACCACAUUCAUUGACCACAUGCUCCGCUAUGAAGCAGACCCCAAUUGCAAAAUGUUGGUGUUGCUUGGUGAAGUAGGUGGUGUUGAGGAAUACCGUGUGAUCGAGGCUGUCAAGUCUGGACAGAUCAAGAAGCCGAUCGUUGCAUGGGCCAUUGGAACCUGUGCCAAGAUGUUCACCACCGAGGUUCAAUUCGGGCAUGCGGGUUCGAUGGCCAACUCGGACUUGGGAACCGCCGAUGCCAAGAACAAGGCUAUGCGCGCUGCCGGUUUCAUCGUUCCAGACACAUUUGAAGAUCUUCCGGCGGCAUUGAAAAAAGUCUACACGGGUCUUGUCAAGGACGGCACCAUCAAGCCCAGCCCAGAGAGGGAUCCUCCAAACAUUCCUGUUGAUUAUAAGUGGGCGCAAGAGUUGGGAAUGGUCCGAAAACCCGCUGCAUUCAUCUCAACGAUUUCUGACGAGCGGGGCGCUGAGCUGUUAUAUGCUGGCAUGCCCAUCACUGAUGUUUUCAAGGAGGAGAUCGGAGUAGGAGGAGUCAUUUCAUUGCUUUGGUUCAAACGACGGCUGCCACCCUAUGCUUGCAAGUUCCUUGAGAUGUGCUUGCAACUCACCGCCGAUCAUGGACCGGCUGUAUCUGGAGCAAUGACGACCGUCAUUACCACACGUGCCGGCAAGGACUUGGUCAGCUCGCUGGUCGCCGGUUUAUUGACCAUCGGAGACCGAUUUGGUGGGGCCUUGGAUGGAGCUGCACGCGAAUUUUCCCGUGCCAAGGAUACUGGACUGACCCCACGAGAAUUCGUCGACUCGAUGCGCCGAGCCAACAAAUUGAUUCCAGGGAUCGGCCACAAGAUCAAGUCGAAAGCCAAUCCAGACAUGCGAGUCGAAUUGGUCAAGGAUUUCGCCAAGAAGAACUUUCCCAGUGUCGAGAUGCUGGAUUAUGCUUUGGCAGUUGAAGAUGUGACGAGUUCGAAGAAAGACACCCUGAUCUUGAAUGUGGAUGGUUGUAUUGCUGUUUGCUUCUGUGAUCUGUUGAGGAAUUCGGGUGCUUUCAGCAGUGAGGAAGCUGAUGAGUACAUGCAGAUCGGUACCCUGAAUGCAUUAUUUGUCCUUGGCCGAAGUAUUGGAUUUAUCGGUCACCAUAUCGAUCAAAAGCGAUUGAAACAAGGCUUGUACCGAGCCGAGCAAAGCGACAUCUUCAUUGAGAUGGGCAACACUGGGAUCUCUGAUCGAGUGGUUGUCCGUCCCAGUUGAAUGUGAUGUCUUUCCUUCUUGAACCUACAAAAGGCAGCCCAAAUGCUCUUGAGCAGUUCACCCUUAGAUCAAAAUGUAUACAAAGACGUUCGGUUCCUCCCGAGAGAUUGUUAUUAUUUCGGCGCUCUUUCCAACCAAAUCAUCAAAGUCUGAUACAUGAGCGUUGUCCUUUUAAAAUUGAACUACUAAACUAUUCCACUUUCUCUCCUAUUUGUAUACAUCAAUGUUCUCAAUCCAUUGUGUUUACGUUUUCUUCGUUGCUUCCAUGAUAUCUUCACUUUUUCUCCAACACUAUCUUAUGUUCGUAAUUAUUUAUCAAAUCAUCUGGCUUCGACCAAGUAGGGAAAAACUCGCUUGGUGCUAUUUGUGUUCUCACCCGUGCAUUGACUGGUCCUUCUACACAUAAGUUGCACACACUGAAUCCCUCUCCUGUACAGCUGGUGUUUGUUUUCCAAUAUUGCGCAUUUGGAUUUCUUGGAACCCACAUCAUGUUCCAUCUUGCCUUGGAUACUCUUGUGUGUGGAGCAUUUGGAUUUCUGAAAGCCAACUC